AUGAGAGCAAUGAGAAUGUGCCCAUGGAGGAGGAGUCAGAGAAGAGAGGAUGAGCUCCCCAUGUACCAAGAGCACUAUGAUGCUCUCUUCUCCAUGGACUUUGUGGAGACCAAGUACCCACAUGAUGACACAAUGAAGGCUCUUGGGAUCUUUGAGGAUGUGGAGUUGGUCCUCAAGAACAUGCGCUUGGCCAAGUUCUUCUCUACCGCAUGGAGUCAUACAAGGAGCUCACUUGUGAGUUUUGGCAUCAAUGAGGUUCCACAAGUAUGGAGCUCGAUCGAGCUGAGUUGGACCAAGGUUGGGGAUGGAUCACGUUCUUGGCAAGGGAGAAAGGAAGGUGAUACCUUCAGGCAGUUGGAGAUCCUUUUGGUUUCACUUAUGGAGAGGGAACCCAUUGGGAUAUCAAGGAGAAUGAGCUCCAAAGAGUUGGGCUACAAUCGCUGA